AUGGAGCAUUUUCUAUCCUACGAUGCCAAUUACUUGCAGAUUGAGUUCCGUUCGAAAAAGAAAAGAACUUUGCUGGAACGACUGCUGUCAAUCGCAUCACACUAUGUUACGUGGAAAUGGCUUCGUGUCACAUCUGUGCAAUCGACUAUCGCUAUAGCAGCAUCUAAUCGGAACUUCGAUUAUGCGGGGAAAACAACUUUUUACAUACGGAUUGGUACCGAGGAUUUCGAGGUCGCGACGAAAGAAGGCCAGAGCAUCGAAUGUAGAAGAGACGAGGAAAUGCUGAUCCAUACGAUUGAUAUGCUGAUUUGCAGUUACAUGUUGAACACUGUAGCAGUGAUAGCCAGCAAAAUGUGGCAGUGGCAAGUUCUCCACGCCAAUAACAAUGCAACAAAUCAUCUCUCGGAACCUAGUCCUACGCUAUACAUGUGCAGUCAGAAUGCGUCCCGUGCUAUAUUUAUGCAGUUCCGUCUGAGGGAUCCACCUACAAUACGUAUUCGAAACUGUAAGUCCGACAACUGCGAAGGCACGGAAAAAUCGGGAGAAUUUUUGGUUUUGAAUUACGACCGAUUGAUCGGUUCUUCAUUGUGUCGAAAAAUAGAUAGCUUGUGCUCGAUGCUGAAAAGCUAA